AUGGUUGGCGUAGAUUCGGAACAAGAAGAAGAACGUCGAUCUACUCAUCAAAGUAAUCUUGAUGAAGACGACUUGAAUGAGGAAGCAAAUGACUUGAAAAAAGCAAUUAUACUAAAACCAGGUGAUAAAUUUCUUGGAAUAUCAACCAAUCCUGAAUUGUAUGAAGCACAAAGUGUUAGUCGUAUUGAAGAUAUACCUGAUGAUGUACAAGAAGGCGUUGAACGUAGUCUAUCAGAUCUUGUUAGAGAUAGAAUUUAUCUAACAGAUUUUGAUCCAGACUUUCAUUGGAACUCUUCACAUGAAGAAUUUGUUGAAAAUGAAUUUGCUAGUGGUGAACACAACCUACUUAUCUGCUACAUGAUACACAAAGAUGAGCUGAAACUAGAAUUUGAAGUACCAAGAUUUUGGUGUAGUGAAAUUAAUUAUUUCAUUUUCACACCAGGUGUGAAUGGGGAGAAAGUGACUGUUGAUAAUUUUGAUUUACGCAUACAAUUUGGUAGUAUAUCAGGUUCAGCUAUACAACGUUUACUCAGCGUCAUGUCAGCGGUAUUUGCACCAAAUCUAUUCGCCAAUACAACAUGGCCAGAUAGUAUACAUAAUGAUUUUGCAUUACAAUUACAACGCUUCAUGUCAUCACUGACCGAUGCCAGAUGGAAAUUAGAAAAUAAAACUGUACUAUACAUGCCUACAGAAGGUUUAGACUUAUUACCAGAAAUAGCAGCUAAAAAUAAAGAACUAGUGAAUAGAUUUGAAAUGAUCAUUAUUCACUGGACAAGACAAAUUAAAACUGUUCUAAAUUCACAGAAUGUAAUUGAUGAAAUUGAAGGCACUGGUCCAUUAGAUGAAAUUGAAUUUUGGCGGAAUCGUUGUGAAGAUUUAACAGGAAUUAGUCUACAGUUGGAUAGACCAACUAUCAAGCAUAUAACAGAGAUUUCAACAAUUGCAAAAUCAACCUACAUUACAGCUUUUUUAAAAUUAGCUGAUGAAAUUAAAUCUAAUACGCUACAAGCACAGAGUAAUUUGAAAUUUUUGGAUACAAUUAAAGAAAUCUGUCAUCAUUUAGCUGAAUCGAAACCAGUUGAUAUUCCUCCCAAGCUACCACGUCUUAUCAAUACAAUACGUAUGAUAUGGACUAAUUCAAAGCAUUAUAAUGAUAAAGAAGCUAUAACAGGAUUAUUUCGUAAAUUAUCUAAUGAAAUUAUAUCAAGAUGUUGUAGUGUUAUUUCACUUGAUGAUAUAUUCAAUGGAAAAGUUAUCUCCGCUUCAGUAAAUUUACAUCAUUGUAUUAAUUGUUGUGAAGAAUAUAAGCAGAUUUAUGAUCGAUUACAGUUGAUGCAUUCACGGAAUUCACCAAAACCAUGGGAUGCACAAAGGAGUAGUAUAUUUGCACAAGUUGAUGCAUUUAUACAAAGAUGUCGUGAUCUUUUGGAAAUAUGUGAAUGUCAAAAACAUUUUGGUCGAUAUGAAGAAGGCAAUAAAACAAUUAUGCCAAUAUUUCAAGGAAUUCGUGGUCCAGAAGUAGAAAUUCUUUUAACAACAAUUGAACAAAUGUUUGCUAAAUUAAUGAAUAAUUUAUUUGAAAAACGUCAUUAUAUCUUAGAUGUGAAGGCUACAUCAUGGCAUGAUGAUUAUAAUCGUUUUAGGAUAGGCAUAAAAGAUUUAGAAGUAAUGAUGCAAAAUGCAAUAAAUACAGCAUUUGAAACUGUUACAACUAUACAACAAGGCGUUGAAGUAUUGGAUAUAUUUGCCCAUCUUCAUCAUCGUGAGACUAUACGGAGAACUAUUGAUAGCAAAACAAACGAACUGAUAACUCGUUUUGGCAAUUGUUUAAAUCAAGUUAAAAAAGAAAUGUCUCAACGCGUCUACACUGGUAUACCACUACCAACUGAAGCAUACUACAGUGGGCAAGCUAUCUACUGGAGAUUCUUACGACGUAGAUUAGAAAAGGAUAUGUUGGCUAUGGACCAAGCAUUUUUCUUGCCAUUAUUUGAAGCUGGUUUAGGAGAUCAUCGUCAACAGUAUACACAGACUUCUGGAGCUUUAGAAGAUUUGACUAGGAAGACAUUUAACGAAUUCCUAACAACUAUUGAACCAGAUCCAUUAAAAUGUCUUGAAUCAUCCGUAUUAGUACGUAGUCAACUGCAACCUGGUAUGCUUGAACCAAAUUUCAGUGGUAUAGCACUUAAAUUGCUCAAUGAAUUACACCAUUGGAUUCGACUUGGCUUUGAACUACCACCAAAUGCAGCUGAUGCUUAUCGACGCAGAUCAGAAUUACAUUAUUUGCAUGAUCUUAUAUUAGUUGUUGUUCGAGAUUAUAAUCGUAUUAUAAAUUCAUUGAAUGAAGAUGAACGUGCAUUGUUUAGAGAACGUAUAAAAAUUUUGGAUAAAAAAAUGACACCAGGUUUAAUAAAAUUACACUGGGCUGUUAAAGGUCUAGUUGAAAUGUUUGUUAAUGAUUUUCGUUCACAAGCCUAUAAAUUACAAGUGAAAGUUGAUGAAUACAAAUCAGCUAAUGCAAAUAUUAAAGAUAAUUGUGAACAAAUAGCUCAAACAUUAUUGAUUAAACUAGAACCAAAUCGUGUUUAUGAAAAUACAGAAUUUGAUGACUGUCAGUCUGAACAUAGAAGAAUAACAAAAGAAAAACUUAUUGCGAUGCAUGAAGAAAUUGUUGAAAAAUUGCGUGAAGUGAAAGAAACAUUUGUUUCUGAAAGUGCUGAUAUUCAAAUGCAUUGGACAAAGUAA